AUGGACUCCUCCUUAAUCCUCCACCGGGACCCCGGGCUCCUCCUCCCUUUACUACGCCCCGCCGCUCCCGCCGCCGUCUCCUUGUCCCCCCAGCUCCCCUGUCUCCUCUCCUCCUCCCCGGACCGGAGGCUUCUUUCUCUAUCCGCCAUUCCCUCCCCCCGGAGGCCCUCCGCUGUGGCAGCUGGCGGGACCUUGAUUACCAAUUCGCCCAAGAGCGGAGUUUACACGGUGGGUGAUUUUAUGACCAAAAAAGAUGAGUUACGCGUGGUAAAACCAACUACCACAGUAGAUGAAGCUUUGGAAACUCUCGUGGAAUACAGAAUUACGGGUUUCCCCGUCAUCGAUGAUGAUUGGAAAUUGGUUGGUCUUGUGUCGGAUUAUGACCUGUUAGCCUUGGACUCCGUAUCAGGUCAAAGCAAAACAGAUAAUGACCUGUUCCCUGAAGUUGACAGCACUUGGAAGACUUUUAAUGAGGUACAAAAGUUGCUGAGCAAAACCAAUGGGAAGGUUGUCGGUGAUUUGAUGACCCCAGCGCCAGUCGUCGUUCGUGAGACCACUAACCUUGAGGAUGCUGCAAGGAUAUUGCUCGAGACGAAAUAUCGACGACUCCCUGUCGUAGAUUCUGACGGCAAGCUUGUUGGUAUUAUCACGAGAGGAAACGUUGUAAGAGCUGCCCUUCAAAUAAAACGUCUCAUUGAAGGGCAAUCUUAG